CCCCAGACUACAGACCCGCCCGCUGCCCUGCCAGGGUACCCACUCAGCACGUGGGCACCUACAUGUUAAAACAGCAACAGCCCCGUCUACACUAGGGUUCCAGCCCGUGUUAGAAUUCCCCCGUCCCCCAACUAAGCUGGGUUUUGGGUGGUUACUGAUCGCGCCCUAACCCUGUGCCGGGCAGCUCCGCGGUAAGGCUGAGCGCCUCUCACUCGGCGAGAAGCGCAAUUCCGCGCGGCAGGAGCCAGGGGGCCCGGCUGCAGAGCGCAGCCACCCACCCGAGCAAAGCGCCCGCCUCGGACGUCCCGAGCAAAGCUCCCGCCUGCUAGCCAGCGGAGCGAUUCGCCCCCUCCCCGCCCCCGGGAGGUGCGAGCGGCCAGCAAGUCCUGCUGGAUUUCCGGGAGUAGCGGCUCUGCAGAUGCGUGAGAAGCGCGCACUCUGCUCUGCCCAGCCAGCCGGGGGGCUCGGAUCAUCCAUCCCUCCCUCUGCACGGUGCAGGCCGGAGAGCGGAUCCCAGCCCACCUCCUGGGCAGAAAAUCUAUUGGAUCUAAUUUUUGUCUUUUAUUAGAUUCAAAAUGAAUCACCCACUAAUAUAAUACUGAAGCAAUAAAGACUUCGGGUAAAGAAGAUUUCUCACCUACAAUCAAGGAAUCAGAUUCAUCAUGACUUAUCACUAUAAUGAAGCUUUUGAAAACCCAGACUAUCACUACUCAGAGACAUUGGAGAUUGACAGAAGCAGAGAAAGGAAUUCAUCCUUUCACCAAAAGCUUCCUGAGUCCUCCCUGGAUGAUGACUCGUUGUACGAUUCCUAUGAAGGUCGCAGUGGAAGAGGACAAAGAAACCAGGAUUAUCCCAUGGCUAUACCAAUGGCCUCGAUGCAGCCUGGCUUCCAAUAUAGCCACAGCGCAUCGAGGUCGGCUGGGCCCAACACAAAUCCAUAUGGAAAUCCACAUAUUAAUCCUUCCUUUGAGUAUGAGCCAGAAUUAGCAUACACAUCUCCCUCCACCUUUCAUGCCGUGGAUGGUCCUUAUGUACGCAGAUCUUCUGAUGUGUCUGAUGGAGGAAAUCUAAAUGCAGAAGGGGAAUGCAGCUCUGAGCUGCCUGCAUCUUCUUCCCAAGUGGCUGCGAGUGACCAGAAAAUGGUGUUUGUAAACUUUUCUCGCUCUUCAGCUUCAAUAGAGGAAGGUAGCUUCAGUCAGAGAUAUAACAGAAGACAAGCUGACCUGGUCUACAGGAUGCCUUCCAGCCUUCUUAGACUAGACUCAAAUGCAGAAACGUAUAACGAAGACAAAUAUAAACAAGAAGAAAAAUUGAUCAAAAAUCUUGCAAGCAUGUCCAGCAGAGAGAGAGUUAAAGCAAUCCAGAAGACACCAAAGACCAUGAAAGAAAAGAGAGACAUCAGGAAUAAAGUUCUCAUGGAGAAAACAAAAAAAUCUGGGAGCUCCAGUACUCAGAUUAACUGUUGUACACACUGUCUGUACAAAACAGCAUUGUCCUAUCGGCGAUUUAAAAAUGGCCUGUCAGAAUAUUUGCACUUAUUGCAACUAUGGCAGAAGACUCUGAAAGUCAUCCGUGGCAAGUUUGGAACCAGUGUUCUUUCCUAUUUUGUUUUUCUGAAGUGGUUACUGACUUUCAACAUCUUCUCAUUCCUUGUAAACUUCAGCUUCAUAACAAUCCCACAGCUUAUAGCAUCAGGACCAAAUAAUCUUUCGUUCAACGGUCUGGAGCUUCUGACCGGGGCUGGUUAUUUUAAAAAAACAGUGCUCUACUACGGUUUUUACACCAACUCUACAAUCACGAAAACUGAGAACAAUUCUUCCUAUAACAUGCAGCUGGCCUAUAUUUUCACUAUUGGGAUUUAUUUCAUCAUCUGCUUCUUUAGCUUGGUGUACAGCAUGGCAAAGUCCUUCUGUAAGAACUUCAUCAAUCUUCAGACUUACUCUGGAAGUGCUGCCAAGCUUCUCUGCAUCUGGGACUUCAAUAUAACCAAUGAGAAAGCUGUGAAACUGAAGCAAAGCAAUCUCAGUACACAAAUAAAGGAAUCCCUGUCUGAAGUGACCCUCGAGGUACUGAACCUUUCUCUAAAGCAGAAAAUUGCUCGUAUCGCUAUUCAUCUGGUGGUUUGGGUGGCUUCCUUGGGAAUAGCAGCUGCUUGUUGUGCUGGUGUUUACUUCCUCUCAAGAAAUGAACUACAGCUCCUGGAAGGUAACAAAAGUGAGCUGGAAAACGAGGCUGCCACGCUAGUGCUGCCCAUUGUUGUGUCUCUCCUCAACCUCCUCAUCCCCUUCUGCUUUGCCUUGUUUGGACUCAUAGAGAAAUUCCAGUAUCCCAGACAUCAGCUCUACACCACUAUUAUCAGGAAUGUUUGUCUGAAAAUAUCAAUAAUUGGAAUCCUCUGCUACUAUUGGCUUAACGAUGUGGCUACGUCAGAGAAAGAGUGCUGGGAAAGCCUAGUUGGCCAAGAAAUCUACCGUCUCAUUGUGAUUGACUUCAUAUUUUGCUUGCUUGGUUCUUUCUUUGGAGAAUUUGUACGAAGAAUCAUUGGAACUAAAUGUUGCAAAAAACUUGGAGUGCCAGAAUUUGAUAUUGCACGAAAUGUUUUAGACUUGAUCUACACACAGACUUUGGCCUGGAUUGGCAUCUUCUUCGCACCUUUAAUGCCAGCCAUGCAGAUUAUAUCAUUUUUUAUAAUAUUUUAUGUAAAAAAGGUCAGUCUGAUGAGGAAUUGUCAACCACCUCGCAAAGUCUGGAGAGCUUCUCAGAUGACAACACUCUUCAUUUUUCUGCUGUUUUUCCCUUCCUUUACUGGAGUCCUGUCUGUAAUGGCGGUCACUAUCUGGAGGCUGACGCCUUCUAAACAGUGUGGUCCGUUCCAAGGCUUGACUUCCAUAAUUCAUGCCGUUUCUGGGUGGAUACACAUAUUGGACAGCUAUUCCAGCUCGAAAUGGGUGGUGUGGAUUUAUCGUAACUUAAUUGGAAGCGUGCAUUUCUUCUUCAUCCUCACUGUCAUUGUCCUAAUUAUCACAUAUCUUUACUGGCAAAUAAUAGAAGGAAGAAAGAUAAUGGUCAGACUCCUGCAUGAGCAAAUUAUUAAUGAAGGAAAGGAUAAAAUGUUUUUACUUAAUAAACUACGUGCACUGCAGACAUCAAAACUAGACCCACCCAAAGGAGAACUGCAAGAGAGGAGUUCAUCUUCGUACCAGCCAUCUAGACAAGCUGCUCUGCAAAUGACAACCUCCCUAGAAAGGCCAUUUGAGAGAAAUGGAAGAGACUUCUAUGCUGAGUCCUCCUUUGAUGGGAUACCAGAAAAGACUGGCCUGUCUCCUGCAGACGAAGAGGGACACCAACCAGGGAUUUCUGAGACCCUGGCGCUGGCUCUGAGAGCCAGACAACAGGCUGAAUGGGAAAUGGAGGACGACGAUGACGAGGACUUUAGACCAUGAACUGUACGAAGCAAUUAUGCAUACUAUUUGCUAGAAGUACUUCUAGUAAACUUCACUGUUUUGCACUAAUGGUUGGAAACCCAUUGGAAAUGACUGAUUUUUUUCAAAUAAGCAGCUAAGGAAAAAAAUUAAAGCAAGAACACAUCAGAAAAUGCACUUUGUAAAUUGCAGUUUAAAUUUUAUAAUUUUAUAGUAAAUGCAAGGUAUUAUUUUGUUUAAGAAAAAAUGAAAUCUUGAUAAUAGCAGACCUCUCUAGCAUCUCCUAUGAAAUCUCUUGCUGAAAUACAGCAAAUGACCAUCAUGGGUUAGGAAGGAAUUUUUUAUUGUAUCGAUGUAAUGUGUGCCUAAUGAUAAAUGCAAAUUACAAUUCUGGAACCCUUGAUGGUAGUCCUAUAUCUGACUUGUUUUGAUCUGGCUGUUCUUAGCUGUAUUUUUUAAAAACAGAAAUGAAGUAUUAAUAAAAUAAAAAGGAUUCUAGCCUAUUUAAAACUAUUUGUUAAAGUAAAUUGUGACACAGAUUGGUGAAUAUAAAACUGUGUGAACCCUACUGCUGUCAGCCUCUCUCUCUUCACAAUUAAGAUUACUCAUCUUUUGAACCUUUUUUGACAGAGGUUAAAGCGUCAUUUUAGAAUGGCUAUAAUGUGAUAAACUCUAAUCUUGUUAUCUGAA